UUAUCUUAUGCCACGGAUUUCGACGGAGUGAACCUAUAAAAGGUCACCGAGAGCACUGGAGAAGAUCACUGCAGUCGACCCAGUCCCGCCCGCGACACCUGUACCGAACAAAGCCGAGACACCAGAGACCGCAAUGGCCUUCGCAGGUGUGCUGAAAGAUGCUGACGUUGCUGCAGCCCUGGAGGAGUGCAAAGGCGCCGACUCAUUUAACCACUCGAAGUUCUUCAAGACCAGCGGUCUGCACGGCAAGACCGCCGACGAGCUGAAGAAGGCCUUCGCCAUCAUCGACCAGGACAAGAGCGGGUUCAUUGAGGAGGACGAGCUGAAGCUGUUCCUGCAGAACUUUGUGGCGAACGCACGCGUACUGACCGAUGCCGAGACCAAGGCCUUUCUCCAGGCCGGCGACACCGACGGUGACGGCAAGAUCGGCGCAGAAGAGUUCGCUACCUUGGUUGGCAAGUGACCAAGUAAAUGAGCUCUGAUGGAACAACGAAGCCCACGUCGACCUUCCCCCUUUACAUCUGAAAUGUAACUGAUUUUUAUACAUUUGCUUAAGAGACCUUUCCUCAUAUGCAACACACUGUCCAAAAAUAAUGAUUGUGACUCUCGCUCGGUUGUCUUCAUGUCUUAAAUGAAUUUUGCUUAUUGUAAAAUCUAUGAUGCACUUUCCAGGAACGAAGGGGAAAAAAAUAAACAUUUUCCCACCUUA